AUCUAGCAGACAAUUUACCUUGGACCUUAUGGCUUGCUGUCAGGUUGGAGUGUCAAUUAGCAAACAUUAAUUUUUAAUCUGGCCUUUACUGCUAGGCUCUACUUGCACACACAACCAAUUAUUGUUAUGGCACCCUGUGAAAAUAUGCUCCUGCACCUGGGCCACUCAUACACCAGAGUGUCCUGCCAACAGGGUGCUUCCCUUUUGGCAGAUAUCAAUCAGAAAUGUGGCUACACUGUUAACUUUUGCCAGUGUCAUCAGUGAUCUGUGUUGAGGGGAACCCGUUUGGAUGUGUUUUAAUGUCCCUUAGGGGACUGCAAAGACUUGUGGGAAGAUGACCUGAUUUCGAAUUUUCUCCUCUCCUGUCUGAGCUGUGGGCUAGUUGCUGCUACAAACUGAGAAGCCCAUGAAAGGGGUGUGAGAGUAUGAGCCGCACCGGAUCGUUUUGGAAUAUGGCCUUGCUAUUUGCGUCAUUUCUUAUGGACGCAGGAGUGACCUUGAUUCUCUAUAUAUAGAGCCAGGUGAGCAGCCAUGGCUAACCUGCAGCAGGAAUACUCUGGGGUCCUUCUGGGGAUCCUGGAGGAACUAGCCAAUAUGCGUCAAUGGCUGACCUUCCAGGACCUUUGUCGCAUGGUCAGCACCCGUUUUGACCUGGAGAAUCUCGUUGAGCUCCGGAGUUUACUGUUUGCUGCUGCCAGCCAGGACCCCUGUUUCCCGGCAACUCUAUUUAGAGACCGGGUUUCCACCAGAGGCCAGGGGCUAUCCCCCAUAGGCGUAGCUGCAGAUAUUGUAACAAUAUUCAAUCUUAUUCAAAUGACGGCAGGGGCUCCUGAUGACAGCCAACCAAUGAGAGCCCAAAUGAUCCUCCCCGCCGAUCAGUCCCCCGGCCCCAACCUUCCUGGAAUCCAACAGCUGAACCUUUCUGGUCGAGAAAGACCACGUGCCCACUCUGACUCCGGUGGAAGGCCGAUCGAUGAGCACUUGGUGCUUCCAAGAUCUAAUUACUCUGCCCACAAGCGAGGAAGUCUUCCCCCUGAUCCCAUCUCACUUCUGUCCUCCCCUCCAAUCAGGACGAGGGCUGUGUCUUUCAGCUUGCCUCACACCACACUUCUGUACCCCAGUGGUGAAAUCUACAACGAGGUCAUGGAUAAUAUCUUCCUACCUUUGGAGACAGAAAGCGUGUCUGGCGGAGAUUCUGCGCCCAUAGAAGUGUUUGAAGAUGAACAGGGAUCGUCUGUCGACCAGAAGAGAAGCAUCUUUAGGAAAGACUUCCAUAACCGGCCGCCUCUAAUACCGCAGGUGACUGUUAACAGCGAGUCUCCCAGUCCCAACACAGGACAGAAAGGCUUUGACAAUCUGAGCUUCGAAAAAAUCCCGAAUCCUUACCCAUCACCAGCAACAGUCCACCAAUCAACAGAGCCGUGCGUUAAACAUGAGAGCCUCGAUGACCUACAGGACUCAACUUACUUUGGACCCCAGCCAAUCCCAGAGUGGUCUCCUCGGCACCUACAACCUCCCAGGACCCAAAAGCCCUACUGGAGCAACAAGAGUCACAGUCUAGAGGAUCGGAUAGGCCUGGGGAGCAUUGGAAUUGGAGGGGGACAACUUCCAAGACGUUCAACCCCUGUUAUGAGCAAUUUAGGAGGGUCCUCAGGAGGUGAGAGUGGGGAUAGUGGAUUGCCAGGUGGAAGCUAUGGAGUUAAGGCUCAGGGAACACAGACAGACCCGCCGGACACCCGACGCCUCCGGAGCUUGGUCCACGCCGAUCGUUUCUCCUUCAUGACCUCAUUAGAUGACCCAGAGUUCGGUGAGGAUGACAUUAGCGCCAUCUUUCGCUUCUUAGAUGAUAUAAGCAUGUGCGGUUCCACGGGAGUCCUGCACCCCAGUGAUGGACCAGGUGCCCUUAACCAGGAUACCCAUGAGGCCAGACGCGGUCGCCUAGGGCAACUAUCAAGGCUUUUUCACUCCCUUGAAAGCAGCGAUGAUGGGCUCAAGGCCAGUGUCUGUAAGCUGCUGCUCCGUAUGAGCCAGAUAGAAAGACAACUUGGGACACUGAAUGAUGUAAAGGCUGAGAUUUCGCAGGUAUUGUCUGCACUGCAGCGGCUGGAUGAAAAAAUCCAGCAGCCUAUCACUGAUGGACAAGGCACCGGGCGAUGGCUGGAGCCUCUCAGUGGUGUCUCCUCCUUUAUGAGCCACCCUAUGACCCCUUCUGAGUCAUCGGAUCCUCAGCCUCUGUCAGUCUCUGAGCAUCUGUUCCCCGGGAUCAGCACGAGUAGUCUUGAAUGGAGCCGGUGGAACGCUGCAGGGGAGCAAACAGAAAGCAGCAAUGUUCCGGCUGAUUCAAAAGGGGGGAAAGAAGGGAAGAAGGAUGCAUCGUCUCGUCGCACCUCCAAAACCCAGAUUGAAGAAAAGGGGGUUUCUGAUUCUAAACAGCAAAUAGUCUCCAACUCUGCAAGAGACUGGACAGUGUCGUUUUCAAAAAGUAAAGAUGGCAAAGCUACACAUGGGCAGCCAGAUGAAUCAGGCAGCACAGCUCACCUACUCUCCAAAAAACCCAACCUGAUGGAACAAGUGUUUAAUUUGUCCCUGUUCCGCAACAAAGACAGCAGUCUAACAGGAGGACUUGCAUCUGGGAAGGUCCUGGAGCCCAGACUGUCUGAGGGAAGGGUGAGGCCCGUAUGGACUGUAGACGACAGAGAGGCUCGGAUCUCCCCUUUGGACUUACAGACCCAGGAAUCCCUGAACCCCAACAACAUGGAGUUCUGGAUGGACGACAUUUACUCUCCUGGCUACGAUGCUCUUCUCAGGCGUAAAGAGGCUGACCUCCGCCGGGCAAAGGUCUGCAAGCUGCUUGCACUCAUUCUCACUGCAGUGACUAUCAUUCUCAUCAUCGUCAUUCCCAUUUGCACCAUGGGGUCUUGAAGAUUUUGUCAGAAAUCUAAUUCCGUUGUCAUUUUAGUUAUUUAUUUUCAGCAGCUAUGUGCUGUACCCUAGAAAAGUGAACGCCCUUUUCAUUGAGAGAGAGAGAAAGGGGAGACUGUGACACUUGGACCAUAGAUCUGGAUCAAAGAUCAGUUAACAUUCAGUCACCUUUUGCACCUCGCUGCAUGCAGGAACAUUAUUUAUGACUUCCACUGGAGGAUUUGAAGUGAAGCUUAUUUAGAAAUCACACUCCCUCGUGCAGUUACAACUAAUUGUAAGUAAUCGCCCAUGCCAUGUUUUUUCUCUCAUAUACUGACAUUUAUUCCACAAUUGUUCUUUAUCAAUAGUUUCAGGUAGCUCCAAAUAAAAAGUAAUUAAGGAUGAAUGUUUAAAAUAAUGUCAUGAUAUCUCUGAGAUGGAAUGGUAAGACUAGUGAUACUGUGCCAAUGCAAUCUUUGUUCUCCUUUUUUCUCCAACCUUUUUCCACCCCUUUUCUGAAAAAUCACAAUACCACCACUUUCAGGUUUCUUUUAAUUCAGUUUAAGAUAAAAAUGUAAUUAGUACAUGAGAGUUUUACAUCUAAAGUUCAUAAAUAGUAACAGAUUCUGUUGACAACUGUUUUACUUUUUUCAGUUAGAUGCUCUUUUCUUUUCACGAAGCAACACAAUAUACUGCUUUAAACAGCUUAAAUCAAUACAAAUAAUUUUUUAUAGAGUUCGCUGCCAUUUUUCAAACCAUAACAUAUAAGCUAUUUUAUCCACUCUUGAAUGUGUUCGGGCUGGAGUGUUUACCAAGUGUCAGGUUUCAAAACAUGGAAGAUAAAAGUAUUGUUGUUGUUGAAGCAGGAAAGGAAAGAGGGAGCCUCUUCCAGUAAACACUCUGAGUGGGAUAUUACACUUGUAAUCCAAUUGAUGGGUUGCUUGGAGUGCAUCUAUGCACAUUAUCUUAUCACUAUGCUCACUUGGCCAAAGCCUCCCCACAUACCUGCAGACUCACUUAGCACCAUCAGAUUUAUCCAGUGUCCUUUCACAGAUGUUGAGUCCUGCCAGUGGUGUGACAAUCCAUUUUGUAAAAACAUCCUGUUAACUCAGAGACAUUACAUAUAAAUUGACUUUUGGUGCCAGACUGUAAAGUCUGUCGGGGGCUGACAACAAAACAUGCACACUGGAAACAUUUAAUGAAAUUCAAUAUGUCCUUGAUAACAACUACCUUUGUGAGGCUUGUAAGGUUUUAUGGCAUUGAUUGAAUUCGAAGAUAAGCCUUUAAUACAAUGUGCAUUACAAUGCGGUCAAUUUAAGAGACUAACUUUACAAUAUGUGUUAUAUAUUACUGCCCUUGUCAAUAACGAAAUAGUGAAAUUCAAACCCUGACACUGUCUUAAUACUUUUUAACUGCAGGGCUAAUGUAUUUGCGUUACGUUUUCUAGGUGUUUAUAUUGUUUUGUGUCUACUCCCUCUACAUUGUCAGAUAUGGAUGAUUAUGUUUCUGUUUAACAAUAGACAAGCUAUUUUUCCAUUUAUGCACCAAAGUGGACAGAAACUAUGCAUAUUGUUGGGGGAAAUGCCAUAAAUCCAAAUGUUUGUUUUUCUGUAUACAGACGCUUAAAGUUAAUGUUGCUUUGUGCGCACAUACACAGGAUGUAAAGAGGGUGUGUUCUGUUUCAACGCAUCCUCCUAAGUAGAUAGAUGUAUAUCUGCCAAGUGUCCCCCAUGAGGCUGUUUGUGGAUCCAUUACCUUUCCAAUGGUGCAACUGAGGAGGCCUAACCCUGCAGUCAGCACAAUCCGCAGGUGCUUCCUCUGAAACUUUGGUGCAUGAGAGCCUCCUGACACUUUUUUCACUCCUUGUAAAAUUUGAUUUUGUUGUUUUAUUCUCCACACACCUUUUAGAAGGACAGCUAUGAACUCAUCAUUCAGGUAAACACUCUGUCUUAAGAGCAGCUUGUAAAUGAAAGAAUAUAUGUACAGGUAUUGCAGUGCAAGUUAUAUGCUGUCUGAAUAAACUCAACAAAGUAGUAACAUGCCUUUUACAAUAUGUUGUAUGGUCUGAUAAAUAGAAUGUUUGCUCUGUGUUCUAAACACACAUUCUUUAAAAACAUUAUGUAAGUAAAAAAUGUAACAAUGAAAGCAACUGUUCUGACUUGCAAUAUGAAUUCAAAAUCAGAAUCGCUUUUAUUACCAAGUACGUUUACACAUACGAGGGAUUUACUUUGGGGUGCAUACAAAGACAAAUUACUUCCCUUUUUUAGAUCCUGGUUGGUAUAUGGUUGAUGCUGAAUUACAGAUGAAUGCAAAUAGCUUUAAAAGUCAACUCAGUUUAAGAAUGGACAGAAGAUGAUUGAUGUAAAAGGAGAAUCCUUGCAGUUAAAUGAUCUGUGACUAGAGGAAAUGUACACAUAGAGAUGAAUAAUGGAGUAAGACGGAGAGCGCAUAUUGACUGACAGGUCUUAUUAUCUGAAACUACCUCUAAUGGACCUGCAGCAUUCAGAACACACAAUGUGCUGGGGACAAGUGUGAAGCUAAAUCAGGCUGCCAAUGUAUCAUAAAAACACACAAGUACACACAAAUCAGUUAAAGUAUUGAGUUGUUUAUAAAGUCUGAUGUGUUAUGGAGACAUAUAUGUAAAUGGUUUGCAAUUGAUUUAGUGUGUUUGUGUGUGUUACCCUGAUUUAAUGUUGCACAGUAGAGCUUCUGCUGCACCCAGAUAUGCCAUGCAUGGCUGAUUAAUGAUGCUUUUGUGCACAUCCCGUGUGCCAGGCUCACAAACCAGAAUACACUGGUUGUUUCAAAGGAUUUUACGAUUUCACACAUAAUUUCACUAUACAGAAUUGAAUAUUUGUGAUACAAAGCACUGGAAGCAGGAAACAGCAGAUACUGGACUCACAAACCUUUAGUAAAAUUGACUUGCUUAUUUUUUGUGCAAAAGA